AUGGGAAAAGACAGUGACGCGCAAGACGCGUCUAAAGGUCAGGAUACUGCAGCUCAGCGCCUCAACCAGGUCUCCUCACACAUCUCCGCACAACCAUCUCCAACAAGCAACCCCAAGUCCAAGUCCAAGAAUGCAACCUCUCGUCUACCAGCAGAUCACUCUGACGUCCUCUCCCAAAUUGCCACUCUCCGCAAAAUCGCAGCAACCCCCGAUCCCAAUCACCGCGGCUACGUGCGCCAAAAGCAAGCCGGCAAGCUUUGGGUCCGUGAGCGCAUCGACGCCCUCCUCGACCCAGGAAGCUUUGCCGAGAUAGGCUCGGUCUCUGGCACGGUGACAUGGAAAAAGACAGCGCCAAUGCGCGAGACCCCCAUCUCCUUCGUCCCCAGCAAUAACGUCCAGGGCGCGGGGUUGCUGCGUGGUCGGAAGGUCCUACUCACGGCGGACGACUUUAGUAUUCGAUCGGGCCAUGCGGACGGGGCAAGCUCGGAGAAGACGGUUUAUGUGGAGAAGUUGGCGAUUGCGCUGCGGAUGCCGGUUAUUAAGCUUGUUGACGGGAGUUCGGGGGGUGGAAGUGUGACGACCAUUAAGAAGGAGGGGUGGAGUUAUUUGCCGCUUGUGAGGCCUUUUAAGCCGGUGAUUCAGCAGUUGAAUAUGGGGAUCCCGAAUUUGGGGGCUGUAGUUGGACCUGCGAUUGGGCUGGGUGCUGCAAGAGUUGUAUCUUGCCAUUUCUCCGUCAUGGCAGCUGAUAUUGGCUCGUUGUUCAAUGCUGGCCCGAAAGUUGUCGAGGGCGCAACCUUUGAAGAAGGACUGGACUUUCAAGACUUGGGCGGCCCCAUGGUUCACUGCACCAAUGGCACCAUCGACAACCUGGCCGCCAAUGAAGCAGAGUGCUUUGAGCAACUUCGUACUGUGUUGAGUUAUCUGCCGAAUUCUGGCAGUGAGGCCCCACCGGUUAUUCCCUGCGAUGAUCCCCAAGAUCGGGAAGAUCUGGCUUUGAGGAGUAUAAUUCCGCGUCGCCAGGCACGCAUGUAUAACCCUCGGACUAUUAUCACCUCCGUUGUAGACCAGGGCUCAUGGUUCGAGAUUGGUGCACUCUGGGGUCGAACUGCUAUCGGUGGUCUCGCUCGCCUUGGGGGUCAUCCCGUUGGUAUUAUUUCGCUCAACUGUGAGGUGAAUGGCGGUGCACUUGAUGCUGCCGGCAGCCAGAAGCUCACUCGUCUGUUGAAAAUGUGCGAUGUGAUGAACCUGCCAAUCUUGCAAUUCCUUGACGUUCCCGGCUACGCCAUCGGCACUGUCGCCGAACGCACGGCAACAAUGCGCUGGGGCGUCGAGCUAGCCAAGACAUACUACACUACCACCAUCCCAAUCUUCAACGUCGUGACACGUCGCGUCUUUGGCGUGGCGGGUGGCGUCAUGCUUGGCAGUCGUGAUCCCGUCAUGCAAGUAGCAUGGCCAUCUGGACAAUGGGGCUCUCUACCACUUGAUGGUGGAAUUGAAGUUGGACAUAGACAUGAGCUGCGCGAGGCAGAGAAAGUGGGUAAGAAAGAGGAACGAUAUAAAGAAUUAGAAGAGGAGUAUCUGCGGUUGAUGAACCCUGUGCGCACGGCGAAUGCGUUUGGCGUGGAGGAGAUUAUUGAUCCAAAGGAUACUAGACAGGUUUGUUGUUCGUGGGCGUCUCAUGUGUAUGAUGUGCUUAUGAAGGAGAGGCUGGCUGAGAGAGCCUGUGGGAAGAUUCAUCCUAAUUUUGCUUGA